AUGCGAAGUUUAACAUGGAGAUGGCGCAGUACUGCUCCAGAACUGUGUUUCUACCGUAAGGUUGGACCUUUUGGAAACUGUGGUUUCGGUCAAAUAUCAAAUGCCUUCCAACAACGCAUUGAAUUUCCAAGACGAAAACAAGCAAAAGGAGAACAAGAAUGGAGAGUAGUUUCUUCUGGGCCACAAUGUGAGGAUGUCGAGGGUCAGCCGAUAACAAGUUUAGGGGCUACAGUGAACUAUGUUGAUGACACUGAUGCUAAUAACCUUUAUAUAAUCUUGGUGAAUGAAAUUAAAGGCUGCUUUAACCGUUUGCCAUCUGCUUGUUUUAGAGAUAUGGUGAUGGCAACUAUUAAGAAAAAGAAGCCUGAUUUUAGGAAAAACAUUUUGCUUGUUGUCAUUGUGAGGCAGCGCAAGCCCUAG